ACUGAGUUUAAGUGUUCUAAACAAAGUUAUUAAAGCAAUACUCAUUUUACAUAUUCCAUAUUAAAAGACAUUCAAAAUGGGAGCAGAAUAUUCAUUGCCUGCAGAUAUGGUUACACACUUUGACUCUGAGGAGAUUAAAAGGUUAGGCAAGAGAUUUAGAAAACUUGAUAUUGACAACUCUGGUACGUUGUCCAUAGAAGAAUUUAUGUCUCUACCUGAGUUGCAGCAGAAUCCCUUAGUUCAAAGAGUAAUUGAAAUUUUUGAUACAGAUGGUAACAAAGAAAUUGAUUUUAAAGAGUUUAUUGAGGGUAUCUCACAAUUUAGUGUCAAGGGAGACAAAGAGGCAAAACUAAAAUUUGCUUUUAAAGUAUAUGAUAUUAACCAAGAUGGGUUCAUAUCAAAUGGUGAAUUGUUCACUGUGCUAAAAAUGAUGGUUGGUAAUAAUUUAAAAGAAGUUCAAUUACAACAAAUUGUGGAUAAGACAAUCUUACAAUUCGAUUUGGAUGGGGAUGGGAAAAUCAGUUACAGUGAAUUCUGCAAUGUUGUUGGUAAUAUGGAUGUUGAUAAGAAAAUGGUUGUGGAUGUCUGAUUCUUUUUAGUUUGCGUUAACUACUUAAAACACUACAGAUGGUGUUUAUAAGAUUCUCCACCUUGAACAUAUGUUUCCCCAUUUCCCAUUAUGCUCUUUUAAAAAUACAUACAACAUUGGACAUUAAGCUCUUUUUCAACACUAAUUGUUAUGCUUAAGGAGAAGUUCUAACUUUUUUCCUUUUGAAAGGAUAAAUCAUAUAGCUUGUAUCGUUUUCAUUUUCAAGUAAUGUGAUUAUAUUAUUUAUUUAAUUUUGUGGCGUACAAAGUUAACUAUUUAUAUAUAGUGUUCUUUUCAAUAAUCCAACUAAGUUUUUUGGAUUAUUCGAAAGCAUAUGUCAGAGUUUGACCUAUAUAUCGUAUAUGCCUCUUUUCUUUGCAGUCAUGUAAUUUUUAAUUUUUGACAUACAAUUAUAAACUUCUUAGGCUGAAAUGCAUAAUUUGUUUUUCUAUCACUUGUUUCUCAUAUUCUGACUACUGUGCAGAAUUAACUUUCUUUUUCAAUUCUUUCCAUAAUAAACACAUGAAAGUAAUUACAGCCCACCUAAGAAAUGGUAAACACUUUAUUUAAUUAGGUUGUAAUGAACCAUCUUGUCUUUAGUUGCAUAUGCCCCAUUUUUUUUGUAUAAACUGAUUGUGUAUUUCAGCCUUAUUUCGAUCUAGAUUUGCAACAUGUGUUUAGAAAUUAUUUUUAGUACUAUCUUAUCACUUACAAUAUUCAUUGGUAUUGAAAUAUAGGUCUGCAAAUGUGUAUCCGCUAUUAAAAUUUGUAUAACAAUCUUUGUAGCUUUUGUUGUCUUUUUAUCAGUUGAAUGUAUAUGCUGUGGAACAGAUUAAUUUGGGCUAAUAUAUGUUGAUAGUAUAUACAAUACUAAUAUUUCAAAUUGAUAUUGAAAUUUAGCAGUAAAAGUUGAAUUUCAUUACA